GCUUGUGGCGCAGGCAAGGACUCUGAAAAUAAACAGCCGCUGCUUUGUGAGUCGUCUUCCAGGGUCUGCGUCCGAGUCUCCACCACUGUGGGCAGCUCAGACGCCGAAACUCUAACUGCAGCUAUGAGCAGCAACGAAUGCCUCAAGUGUGGACAAUCUGGCCACUGGGCCAGGGAGUGCCUUACUGGUGGAAGUCGGAGUCGUGGAAUGAGAAGCCGUGGCAGAGUUGUUUUUUCUUCGGAUAGAGGGUUCCAGUUAGUUUCCUCAUUUCUUCCUGAUAUCUGUUACCGCUGUGGUGAGUCUGGUCAUCUUGCCAAGGAUUGUGAUCUUCAGGAGGAUGAAGCCUGCUAUAACUGCGGUAGAGGUGGCCACAUUGCCAAGGACUGCAAGGAGCCCAAGAGAGAGCGAGAGCAAUGCUGCUACAGCUGUGGCAAGCCAGGCUAUCUGGCCCGUGACUGUGACCACGCGGAUGAGCAGAAGUGCUACUCUUGUGGUGAAUUUGGACAUAUUCAAAAAGACUGCACCAAGGUGAAGUGCUAUAGGUGUGGUGAAACUGGUCAUGUAGCCAUCAAUUGCAGCAAGACAAGUGAAGUCAACUGUUACCGCUGUGGCGAGUCAGGGCAUCUUGCACGGGAAUGCACAAUUGAGGCUACAGCCUAAUUAUUUUCCUUUGUCGCCCCUCCUUUUUCUGAUUGAUGGUUGUAUUAUUUUCUCUGAAUCCUCUUCACUGGCCAAAGGCUGGCAGAUAGAGGCUGUUCCCAGGCCAGUGAGCUUUAACUUGCAGUGUAAAAGGAGGAAAGGGGUGAAAAAAAACCGAAUUUCUGCAUUUAACUACAAAAAAAAAGUUUAUGUUUAGUUUGGUAGAGGUGUUAUAUAUAAUGCUUUCUUAAAGAACCCCCUUUCCGUGCCACUGGUGAAUAGGGAUUAAUGAAUGGGAAGAGUUCAGACCAGUAAGCCCUUCUGGGUUUGAGUGUGUUCCCAUGUAGGACGUAAAACAAUUCUGGAA